AUGUCGUCGACUGCGAAUGCCAACCCAGAGGUGAUCUUCAGGCUCACCAAGGACUUUGCCUUCCCUAUCUCUGCAUACGAUGACCUUGUCAACCAGUUUAUCAGCGAGCUUCACGAGGGCCUCAACUACGAGCAAAAGAUGCCAAUGAUUCCCACAUUCGUCUAUGAGUUGCCGACUGGCGAGGAGAAAGGAGUCAUCCUUUCUCUCGAUCUUGGUGGAACGAACCUUCGCGUCUGCAGGACGACACUCUUUGGCGGCGGCAACUUUGACAUCAUCCACAAAAAGUGGACCAUCUCCGAUGCCCUCAAGAAGGGUCCCGGUUCUGAGCUUUUUGCAUGGAUCGCCGACAGGAUUGGAGAGUUCUUGGCCUCGGAUUGCCAUGGCGCUGUCCAUGAAGAUGAUAAGAAAUACCCUCUAGGAAUGACGUUUUCUUUCCCUUGCGAGCAGUUGGAUAUUAACGUCGGCAAACUUCUCAACUGGACCAAGGGUUUCCAUGGCAAGGAUGUGAUUGGAAAGGAUGUGGUCAAGGUCCUGCAGGAUUGCAUCGACGCCAAGAACCUCCCCAUUACAGUCAACGCGCUCAUCAACGACACCGUCGGAACUCUCCUGGCGACCACCUACAAGCACCCAGGCUGUGAGGUCGGCAUCAUCUUUGGAACUGGCACCAACUGCGCCUACCUCGAGGACCAGUCCCAGAUCACAAAGAUCCGUCCCGACUCCGCCAACUUUACUUCACACACCGGCCACCAGGUCAUCAACACCGAAUGGGGCGCAUUCGGUAACGUCUCGGGCGCGCUUCCCUCCAAUGACUAUGACCGAUACCUCGACAGCCGCAGCAGUCAGCCUGGCAAGCAGCUCUACGAGAAGGUGGUCUCGGGUCUUUACAUCUCUGAACUCGCACGCAUUGUGUUGCAUGAUCUCGCCAAGCAUGGAAAUCUGUUUGUGGAGGGCGCUUCUGGAACACCCAAGACGGAUGCCGAGCUGGGUGAUCUUGCCAUCAAGGAGCGGUUCGACGGCGCGAUGAUGGGCGGUAUUGAGGCAGAUACAUCUGCAGACCUCCAGGCAGUCGGCAACCACUUCCAGACCAUGUACAACCUGAAGACCUCGCAAAGCGACCGUGAGACGAUCAAGUAUGUCUGCCAGCUGAUCUCGGCCCGUGCGGCCAGACUUUCUUCGGUCGGUAUCGCAGCCCUGAUCAAGAAGCGCGAGUUGCUCUCCAAGCCUCACCAGGUCAUUAUUGGCAUCGAUGGUAGUCUAUUCAACAAAUACCCCAACUUCCGCCAACACCUCGAGGGUGCCCUGAACGAGAUCUUUGAUGCCGCCACCGUCACUGCCAAGAUUUCUCUCAUCAAUGCUGAGGACGGCAGUGGUGUCGGUGGUGCCAUUGCUGCCUACCUGGCCUGCAAGGCUCUCGGCCUCCAAGCUUGA